UUACUUUUUUUUUCCAUCUGGCACUUUCCCCUCCUCUUUCUCACACUUUUUAUUUUUCUUCUUCUUCUUCUUCUUCUUCUCUUUUCCCUCUCAUUCUUCCUUUUUUGUCAUCUUCACUUGGAUUCUCUCAAGUGAAUGACAAAAGAGCUACGAACGGGAUUGAUAAUCAUCUUCAACCUUAUUAAUCUCGACGACGAGAUUCUUCCUUCUCUGUACUGCACAGACAGAAUUGGGUCUUAGCAGUAGCGAUAUAACUUACUUCGAGACCCUACGAUAUUACGAUAAGCGGACUGACAGAGAUAUCUUGAAGGAAUAUCUCGCCCGGUCCCUGUCCCCUUUCUAGGACGACUCUAUCGCCUGUCUUUGGAGAAAGACUUAUCAUGACCCCAAACACAAGUCGCAUAUCAUCCUCUCCGUGUUGGAGGUUUCUCCUCUGGGUCCUGACUCCCUGACUAUCGCUACUGUUUAUUGCUCACAGCAGACUCAUCCAUUGAUAUCUGCCAUUGUCUCUCCACUACCAAUUGAUCGUCACAAAUAUCGACAUCGUAUCGACUGGCUUGAGGCCCAAAGUUGAAUCAAGCGAGGAUCUACCUGACUGAACCUGACGAGACACCCCCCGCGACAAGCAAAACCCGGCCUUGACUCGACUUGGCUUGUGCGUUUGUCCCACGUCUUGUCAUCAUCUCCGCUUCUUCUAUUUUGUUUCCUUGAACCUUCUAUUUUUACUACUGAUUUGUGACUCUCCUGAAUUACAAGGUCAGUGCUGGCUUUUUUAAAAGUCAAACAACACUACGGUAUCAAGGGCCUGAAAGAAUAAAUCGCCCAACCAAUUCUAUCGCCAAUCACCCACCGCAUCAUUAAACAAACAGCCUGGACUUGACUGGGCUCAUUUGACUGGGGCACCCAAUCGACUCCAUCUACGUUCCCCUCUUCACUCCCACCCUCGGCCACUUGGGUGCAUUGCCUUGCAUCGUCUAUGCUCUGCUGGCAACUGACUGGACUGGGACUCGACUGGCAGCCCCGCGUAGUAUUGGCCUAACCCAGCCCAGUCUCUGUAUCCAAUUGCAUAACUAUACCCACGUCAACACCCACGCUCACACCCACGCCCACGUCUUCAUACAGCACGCACUGAGCCCAGCCCAGCCAGCACCGCUACCGCUAUUGCUACCGCUACUACUGCAUCUGCAUUUGCUUUGCCUUGCAGUAGCCAACAGUUGCAAUUUUUUUCCUUCUGCCGUUUUUUUUGUCUUUCGUCUUUUCUUGUUCUCUUUCCUCUUCGUACCAAGGCAAGGCAACGCAUUGUUCUCUUGCCUGGUACCUCAACCUCAAAGCGGACUAAACCGCCUCACUCAACUACACCCUCACUUGAUCUCACCUCACCUCACCUCACCUCACCUUACUAUUUUAUCUUACUCGUUUUACUGCCGGAUCGGCUCGCCUCCAUCCGUUUGUUUACCCCACAUCAUAGCCAACCAAACUACUUGACUACACAUCCAAUACUUGUCGUCGAUCGAUAAGACCCUUAUCGACCCAAGUUACUUGUCGUUGACAGUCUUACUCGAGACCAAGACUCGAGGCUUGUUAGACGACUCAUCUGUCUGUCCAUCAAAGGUUCACACCUGGACACAAUUGGGAUUCCUAUUGUCCCAUAUCAUAUAUACGUUUCUUGUUAGACCUCAACUCUAAGGUCUACCGAUCUAUACACCACAUCAGCCAUGCCGCCAAAAAAGAGCCUUCGGCGGUGGCCCGCGACGCCAAAUCUUAACGUCGCUCAACUUCGAGCUCAAGUACAAGAAGUCCAGAAUCAACCUCUCACCGCCGACCCCAACUCGCCACCAGAAACCCCCACCACAUCGCCGCCAUUCCUACGCAAGACCAGUCUAAAACCUCGGCGCCAACCUGACUUUCAUGAUUACUUUCAGUCAUUGGAUUCGGACCCUAACAUCAAGCCAACUGGCGAUGGACACCAAUUCAGCUAUCAGCCUUCAGUUGGCCCUCAUCAGUUAAGCCCUCGCUCGUCUUCCUCAUCCGGCAUGGCCGACGACACCAGUGAUGAGGACAGCAGUAGUGAAGAUGAGGAUGAAGAAGAUUCGGCAAGUCCCAGCAUACGAAGCAUGGGGAAUGCUACUGGCCCAGCCAUCUCCUCACCAAUUGACGACUCUGCUAUGGAGCUUGGCGAUGAUGACACCGACAGCUCUAGUGAUUCAGACACUUCAGAAUCUGACUCGGGCUCAGAAUCCGACAGAUCCGGUGCAACAGACGAGGCUGAGACCUCUCACAUUACUGUUACUUCAACGGCUACGGCUACAGUUGCUUGUAAUUUCACUGUCGAGGAUAUUGACCCUAUGGAUAGCGAUUGUGACGGACUCGAUGUCCUACAACCUACCGAGAUUGAAUCCAAUCGCAGUCGCUCAAGGUCACGAAGCAGGAAAGCCCACAAGACUAUGGUCAAGGAUUUUAGGAAUCUCACUUGCAGCAACGAAACAUCAGAUAACGAGCAAAUUCCCGAGGGCGAUGGCGAACUCGACGAGGAAGCGCAGUUCUUGAAGCGCCGCGAGCAAAUCAAGAAAUUUCGACGUAUGAGUAUGGGUAGCAGCUUUGGUAAACGGACACACAGCGAGCUCAGCGACUCUGAGGAUGAGGGCGAAGGGCUCGACGCCAACGAGGUCGGCUCCAGCGCACGUCGUAUGCGGAGAAAGAUGCAUCGCACCAGCCUAUUAUUCCAUGAUCCGCCCCCUGCGCGGAUCGAGGAGCUUGAGGAGCCAGACUCCAGUGAGGAUGAACUUGUUGCGCACCAGCAUCUCGCAAGGGAAUUGCCCUAUUGGGCCAUCGAAAUUAUGGAGAUGGGCUCAAGCUCCAGCUAGAGCGCUGGACCCUGCAAGCCACGCACAUCAGCUGCGACAGCCAUUAUGCUACCCCGGCCCGCAUAGGCAUGAACAUUAAUGACAUUACGAGGACGAGAAGGCGACCAGGGGUCCCUCUGACGACGAUAACGACUCACCUUUUCGCAUCCCACGAGCAUGACACCGCCUACACCGACCAGCCCCUGAGUCUACCGGGGUUCGGGCAACGGUGAACCAUUGAUUGUGUUCGCCUUACCUUAACCCCAUGAUCAAUUAUGCAACGGGCAGGUACGGAUACUGAAGGUUGAGGAGACCAUUUGAUCAGAGAAAAUGAUAUUGCAUGUUUUGCAUAGAAUUUGCAUUCAGGCCGAAUACGGAAUUGUCUCAUUGGAUUUCACAGGGAUACCUUUAGACUGUUACGAUAUGUCGAAUUUGUUUAUUGAAGAUAUAAAGAUGGGCAUGAUAUUUGAGCACAGAAGAUCAUCAUAUAUAUGCGGAGAAGACAUGGAUAUAAGUCUGACAGACAACAUGAAAGCGUUUGGCAUUUAUCAUCAUUGAAGCAAUUCUAGAAAAAAUGGGAUAGACUGGGAGUUUCUUUCUCGCCCGUUUGAUGUAGUGGCAAUGAACCAUUGCAUAAGUUUGAUAACGGGCGGUAGCUUUUCACCUCAAACUGCUAGUAGGGCGUCGCUUGAUGCCACUAACUCCUGCAUCCUUAGAACCAGAGCAUUAGAUCAUCUGUCUUGUCCUUGCAGUUCUGGCUUCGACUGUGUGAGUGAAAGGUCUUGGCUUCGUUGAUCUACA